CAGCUUCCCUAUGUUGUCCCUGCUGAAGCCACCAGUCCUAAUACAAGCCUGAAGUGUACUGGCAAGGUGUUUGUGCGCUCCCGCAUGGUCCCAGGCUCAAUAGUUUGCAGGCCUCAGUGCAAGCCUUUGCAAUUGCCCGCCUCAUUCGUAUGUGGGCUGUAUUCUUCGUGACUUCGUCAAACUUGAACGUUUACACGAGCCCCUGUAGCCCUUGUAUAAAGAGUAUGAGCCUUCCAAGAGACGUCAAAGUCCUCUCAGACUAUUCUUCACCCGUCGUCCAAUUCCUGUGCUCUGUCUUCAUUCGGACUGCUUCGCAGGGCUACCCUUCCGGUCCUCGCGCCUACACGCUCAUUUAACAACACCUCUCUGUGCUCGCCCUGGACCUCACCACGAAAAUGCAGUUCGCUCGCCUCAUUCGCACGUUUUCCCUCAUGAGUUUUGUGCUCGCUCUCUCCGCCGCCGCCGUCGCUGUGGAACAGGGCCAAGUACCAGUCGCCGGUGUCAACGACGAUGUCAUCCCGACCGAAACCACGAUCUCGGGCUUCAUUUCGCGCUCUGAGCGUUCCUUCAUCCCUGGCGAAGUCUCUCUGGACAAGGUGCUCGUCUCCCCCAACCAGCAUCGCAUCCACAUCAACGCUGCAAAGCGCGACGACUCGCUUCUCGAAUUCUUCCAAGAUCCGGCUAGGUCUCACUCAUCCAAGUACUCCAACAAGCCCGCGCAGCGCAAGACGCAGGAACCCAGCAAUCGGUCCGAGAAGCGCUGCAAUGGUGAAAAGUGCGAUGCCGAGUCCAAGCGCCACUGCGCGUCGGGCAAGUGCCACGAUGAAUCUAAGCACCACUGCAAGUCAGGAAAGUGCCAUGAAGAGCCCAAGCACCCUUGCAAGACGGGCAAGUGCGACGAGGCACAGAAGAAGGGCGCUGCCAAUCCCAGGACCUCCAGCAGCACUCGGCCAACGAAGCGCUGCGACGACGGCAAGUGCGGGGACAAAACCAAGCGCCACUGCAAGUCUGGCCGUUGCGAUCCUACCGCCGAGACCUACCAGCGUCCAGUCAGCUCCCAGCCGCCGAAGGCAUCGAGCGUUUCCGGCAAGGCCCCCUCCAUCCCAACUGUCCCUUCCCCUCAAGAGGCUCUUGCCAACUUGGGAAAGCGCUUGACCAUCAAUCCUAACCAGGGCCUCAGCCUCAGCAUCGGAGACUCUAGCCUGACGCCGGCGCAGAAGCGUUUCAUCAACAGCCUUCCUGGCGCUGCCGAGCUGACCAGCGCUGAGCAGGUCAUCAGCAAGAGACGCCUGUUCGAUGAUCUCCCAGGCGUCAACCCCUCGGGUGGUAGCAGCGCCGCCGAUGCCAAUGCACCUUCACAGUCUGCAGAUGCUACCACCUCGCCCGCUCCAUCAGCCACCACAUCUUCCACCAAGCCAGCCAAUGCCAGUCCCCAGGCGCAGAAGAAGAAACACACCGCGCAUAAGAAGGCACAGCAGCCCAAGAUGCAGAAGAAGCCGGUCGUCACCAAGCAGGCCAACUGAGACUGCUCGUUUAUCCACGUGUAUCAGUAGCCCUUGACGGCGCCGCUCUCCCAUCCUAUACACCCUCGAUUCCGGUCGUACUGCAUUUCGCCUUCUUCAUUGCUUAGUACUGCACUGUAUUCGUCCCUGUUGUUUAAAGCUUGUCAUGACUCUCACGAUCCUUUGAAUUGCACUGUCCCUUCUCCUACGUCAGAUACCUAUCCUGUCUUUGCUCCUUAUUUCGUCGCUGCACCU